UCAUUUGCAACAGAUUUGUUGGCAAUUGUACUGUUGGUCAUCUUUUGCAUGAGUUGCGGCCACUGUGUUACUUUUCGUGCCACUUAAAGAUCGUAGAUUUUGAUUCCUUUUACAUUCUUGCUGGUACCUUAUCAUUUUUAAUAAUAUGCUGGAACGAGGCGAACGUAGAAUCCGUUCAACGUCUUAGUCUAACUUUUUCUUAGCCGUGAGGUGGUGAAAUGGUUUUGUGAGCAUUGGGAAAAAUAUUUUUUUUUAUCAAGGAUGCAGUCUUUCAGCGUGUGGUUGUGUUUUCUAGCUAUAUGUCAAUCUCGGACAGUUGAUGCAUUUCUAAACGAAGGCAACCAACGAUCCCACAUGUGCAAAACAUCGGUGCAACAUUAUGAUUGUCAGAUUCAUGGAGUCAACAUAAGCGAAGGUCAAAUUCAUACCUUUAAGCAUGAACCACAAAAGCAAGUUAUAACGUUCAGAAAAUCUAUCUUACACUAUUUGCCAAAAUCAUUGAUUGAUGCAUAUCCGAGCAUGAAAUUAUUGAAUUUAAAUCAGCUUGAAAUCGUUACAAUAGAGGACAGCGCAUUCGAUAAUGCUACACAGCUUGAAAAUUUGUUCCUUGAAGGAAACCGCUUGCAGACUCUUCCAGCUAAAGUAUUGAAUGGUGCUCGUAAAUUGAAGCAGUUAAUUUUAACAAACAACGACAUAAACACUAUCACUUAUAAUUUUGGAAGCAAUAGUUUCUUAAACGAUCUUUCUAUAAACGGGAACAAAAUUGAUCAACUACCAACUUUUCAAUACAUACCACGAUUAAAAACAUUCAAUGGAUCAAAUAAUACGUUUGCACAUAUUGACAAGAAUCAAUUCAUUAGACAAAUUCAAAUCGAAAACAUCGACCUAUCACACAACCAACUAACCAACUUAGAUCUUACCUUAUCAUCGCGAAACCUUCAAGCUGUAGACAUAAGCAACAAUAAAUUGACUAGCCUUAAAAUAACGUUACAAAUGGAAUAUCUGAAUAUUGGUAAUAAUGUUUUGUCAACAUUAGUAACAAAUGGAGAGUGCUUGUUAAAAUCAUUGAUAUUGUCCAGUAACAAGCUAGCAUCACAGCCAAAUUUUAUAAAUUGUCAACUAAUGGAGGUAUUGGACGUAUCAAAAAACACGAUGGAAACCUUCGAAUAUUCAGAAAAGUUUGAAAAUCUAAAGGAACUGAAUCUUGCACACAAUAAUAUAUUAGAAUUUGUUAUACCUACCGCACCUAGAAGGCCACAUAAACUCAUUUCGCUGGAUUUAUCCCAUAACCGGCUUUCCUAUUUAUCCUCACUUUCAUUCUUUACAUCUUUAAAGGAGUUAAGACUAAAUAGCAACCAAUUUCUUGGGAUUCAGCAACAAUCUUUACCGAGAACAGUAGAAAAUUUGUUUGUAUCGAAUAACCAAUGGAUAUGUGCUGAAGUGACAUUUUUCGCAAAUAUUGCAAAAGAUAAAGUAACAUAUUGUAAUGAAGCAUUCAAAUCUGUGCAAGGGAUUUGUUGUACGGACUAUUGGAAUACUUUCAAUGAUGUACUAAAUGAAAUAGUCAGACAUACAUAUUUUCAUGAACAAUCAAACUACGAUAGAUUGAAAUAUAAAUGUCCACAAAGGCAUUACAACACACAAUAUACCUACAUUGAAUUGAUCAGGCAAUUAGAUCCAGGAGCUGAUAGAAGAAGAUUGCAAAUCUACCAAGAUAUUGCCAACGCUAAAGAAUCAGUGACAAGAAAACAAAAUGAAUUAAACAUUAUCAUAAACAGACAACUUGAAUCCAAAAAUUUCAAAUCAAGCAUGGCAAUUCUUAUCGAAACCAAGCGCAUUACGUAUCAUAUAACAAGGGAAGGCGAAAUUGCAGACAAAGAAAUGCUAAGCAGAGUCAUAAAUUUUGUUCGUCAAAGAGACACUUGGACCACUGACCUGUCGAAUCGUCGUAGGACGAAAACUGAAAAUACUCAUACUUCGUUUAACCAGAAAAUUGACGAAAAAAAUCGAAUUGAUGCAAUUAUUCGCAUGCUGAGAUAUGAAGUUUUAGAUAAGAAGAGGGAGGAAGAACGUCUGAAAAAAGUUAUGGAGCAUCUCCAGAUAAGAGUUGAAAGAAAUAAUGCACCUUUAAUCUAUGGAAAAACGAGUAGUUUAUGAUCUAUCAUAUCACGGUUCAAAUUUGUUCUGCUCAGCUCUAGAUUUCACCUUUUUUAAUUGCUCCCGACUAGAAACUCAGAAAUCCGAAAUUUUGUUCCUCCCCCUUCCGGGCACUGGCGUGCGCUAGUAUGGGACAGAAAAAGACGUUUCACUCCUGUACACUUUUUGAGCUUUUUGAUUUCAGCUCGAUCGGAAAGACUAUAUUUUAGCGCCAGUCAUUUUAAGUUUUCAUACAAUAUACUAUGGGGAAAAUCACGUUGUCAAAGAAAAAUCGCCUCAGGUUGCCCCUUAACCCCUAAAAAUAAAUCGAUGAAUGAUUUCUAUAGGAAAUUUUACGAGGAACCAACCAUUCGAAGACUGCAAAGCGAUAUAAGGCAUGUGAAAAAAGUUAUUAGCUGAAAACCAAAUAGCGUUGCAACGCCGUUUAACACGUAAGGAAUAACAAUAAAUAAUAAAAUCUCGUAAUUUUAUCGAUCGGUGAGAAGAAUUCAACUUUUUACAGGAACGUCGCAUCGCUUUGCGGUCUUCGGAGGUCUGAUUCUUCGUAAUGUUUUCUACAGAAAUCAUUCAUCGACUUAUUUUAAAGGAUCAAGGUGUGACCGCAAGCGAUUUUUCUUUGAAGAAGUAAUUUUUUUUUUCCAUAGUAAAUCGUAUGAAAAACUACGAAUGGCGGGCGCUAAAAUAUAGUUUCUCCGAUCGAUCUGAAAUUUUGCACAGUUGAUAUGGGAGCAAAACGGUACUUGAAAAGUAUACAGGAGUUGGGGUUUUUCCAUUUUUUAUAUUUUCCCAUAUAAACCGUGUCCCAGACUUGCGCAGCUUUCUCUUUUCUCACUCACUCUCCAAAACAAACACAACAAAGAGCGGGAUGAAAGAGAGGGCAAGUGCCCCGCGAUGUCAAAAUCUCAAUUAUUAUCAAACUUUCAUGUCCUCGGAAUUUUCUUCGGAAGUGAUUAGUGUUUGGGUAAUAUUUUAUUUUAUCAGCAACACUGCUGCUGCCGCUGUUGGAUGGGGUCAAUGCUCUAAAUUUCACCAGGUUAGGCCCAUCGGGCAAAGUGGUGUUUGUGAUAUGAAAAUUUGGAAGUAGUAGUCGUGUCAUCACCGACAAACCGACGUGACACUCUGUUUUCAAGAUUGGCAAGAAAUUCUAACUUCAAACCGUUUUGAAAUCGUAACUCGUUCUGUCAUUUUCGUCUUUUGACAAAAGAAACCUUGAAGAAGAUGUCAUAAAACAGCGCGAAAAUCUACAGCUGAUCAAUGUAAACAUCAAAUACACUCUUAUUUCUAUCUCACCAAUAGAAGAUACAAUCAACCAUGCAAUAAAGCUAUUCAAAGAAAUCCUUCGAUAUAUGAAGCAAAAUAGUCAAUAAGUCCGAAAUAAAAUAUCCCAAACAUAAAAACUUUCACCGGAUGAAAUUUCAUUUCAACGUUCAUAACGAAAUGUCUUCUUAUUGCGGAAAACAUUGAAUGCAGGUUAUUACUUCAAAAUGUGUAAAAUAGUUUGACAAGGUAAAGUUCCUGUACGCACGCACGGUGUGUCUGGUAGAACAAAAUUAUUACAAAAAAAUGGGCAUCGCUAAUUUUUACGCUACGUGAAAGUGGACGCUACCAGCUUUCAUUCAAGCCCAACAUCGAAAUAUUCUAUCGGGGGAACUUUUUCAUACAAAAAUUGGGUAUGUUUGUUAAGUAGAAAUAGGGAUUAAUUUGGAACCGUGCAUUUUGUAUGGAGAAAAACGGUAUUCUGAAAAGGUUGCUCGGGAUCCCUCGGUGGAUUUUUUUGAGGGACCCUGCAAAUGAAAGCUGAAAGCCUCUAUUUUUGAAUAGCGAAAAAUUUGACGAUGCCCAUUUUUUUGUUAUAAACUUUUCCCAUACACAUGCCGUGGCACGCACACAUAAAGAGGAAGCUGUGUAAAUCGUCGCACAGAUGGAGCUAGUGAUUAAAAGGAGAACUUAUUCGCCAAGAAAAAUUGGAAAAGUUGUAUGAGCUGGCACGUCGGUUUGUCGGUGGUGUCAUGUCAACUUCGGCAAGCCGAAAUCGCACGAAGUUGACGAAGGUGACGUCACGUUCCAGAAGCUGCGAACAAAUUUUCUGGCGAACGUGACGUCGCGAUCAGCUGAUCGGUUUGUUUACAUAUUUUUAUCGACAAAUACAGGCAAACAUAUACGUUCACCCAGACCUGUGAAUAAUUGACAUCGGGAUGGGGUCCCGAGCAGGAACAAAUAACUGGCACAGAACUGCAGCACAUCAAAGUCAGGUAUCAUACCAAGACAAGGUUUUGGUCGGUUAUCCAGGUAUUGAAAAUAACUUAUUUUUGGUAUUUUGAUGAUAUUGAUGAAAUACCUCAACGAGUUAUUGGUUUAAUGUUGAGGACUGCUUCAGGUAUUAUUCAAUUAUGAAAUAAUCGCUGUUUGUAUGGAAAAAUCGCCGAUUAAUAUUUGAGUAUUGCCAUACCAGAUGUCAUUAUUCACGCCUUAUGCACAGAAUCCACCCCAGUUUUUUUUUUAUUUUUUGGUUUUUAUUAACGUGUAUUUUAACAUUUAGCUAAUUCUACACUAACCACUCAUGUUUUUGUUUUAGGUGUUUACCUCUUAUGCAGGGCUUCUUAAUACCUCAUUUAGGUUGCAGGUCUCGCGGAAAGGCUUAUAAUCAAAAAUUUUGACACUGUGUGCCCCCUCUUUUAUCUUCUUCUUUCGUGUGUUUAUUUAAAAGAAAAAAGCUACGCACUAGUGUGGGUCAUCGGAACCGUUUUCUCAGAUCAAAGCUUUUUUGGUUCCACUUCGAGUCCUGAGUAUCUGUGCAAAAUUUGAGCACGAUCGGUUGCGUCUACAUUUUGCGCAUUGCAAUUGAAAUUUGUAUGGGACUUUAUAUGGGAAAACAUACUUUUUUGCAUAUUAGCCAUAAGUUAAAAAAGUUUGUCUGAAACUUUUUAAUCGAUACUGUAAAAUGAUAGCCUGGGAUGUUCUGAAAAACUUUGUUGAAGACCGCAAAGUGAUCCGAUGCUUGUGAAAAUAGUUAUAACCAAUGAACCGCAUGCAUGUGUUUAUGUUUUAGCAUAUUGUAAAGGAAUAACAAUAGCAACAAAAUCAUGCUGUUUCGCCAAGCAAUGUCAACGCUAUAACUUUUUGCAUAAGCAUCAGAUCACUUCGCGGUCUUCCACAAAGUUUAUCAGGACAUCCUAGGCUAUGUUUUCACUUUAUCGGUUACACGGUCUUAGACAAAUUCGAGCUUGUUAUAAGAAAAAUGCAAAAAAGUGUGUUUUCCCAUGUAAAACCCCAUACAAACUUCAAACGCGAUGCGCAAAACGUAGACAUAACCGAUCGUGCCCAUAUUUUGCACACUUAUUUGGGUCCUGAAAUGGGAUCAAAAAAGUUUUGCUCUGAUGGGAUACCAUUGAAUUUUUCAUUUUCCCAUAUAAACGAUGACCCACUCUACUACGCACGCUAGAGCUUCUGGAAGAGGAUUAGAAUAUCCAGCCACAGAAUGUCAAUGCCGCGAGCGUUCGUGUGACCAUCAUAUAGUUUGCCACGUCCUUACAGCGUCAUUGAUGGUCCUAGAAGUGUCAAAUCAAUUAUAAUUAUCAAAACAAAACAUUUACUACAACAUGUGCAUUUAAAGCCAAGGAAUAGUUACACCCCAGGUAUGAAAUAAAUUCAUUUAAAUUAUUGACAACAGCGCCAUUAGCGAUCUAAUUUCUCAUAUAUUCAUUGGGAGAAAGGAGAAACAUCGAGGUUUUUCGAUUGUUAUUUCGGUUGAAUGCACGAUAUAAAAAAAGAAAAAAUUAAGCUUUAGAGGUUGUGCAGCUACCAUCAAAAUUACUCGUCAGGCGAUUCUCAAGAAACAGUGUUUCUACGAAAUGAUGUUUUUAAGAUUUCUUAUAUUGAACGCCAGAAUCCUUCUACUGUAUCGAGCAGUUGGUGAAUAAACCAUGCUGUUUAGCGUCAUGGUGUCUUCGAGAAAGUUUAUCACUACAACAACGCGCUAUCUUCAACUAUUGGUAAAAAUGAUAAAAAUGAGUUAGGAAGAAAAUGUAUUGUUUGAAUUUUUCGAGAUACAAAUUAGAUGUCUUCACCAAAGUCUACCGACACAACCCUUUGAAAAAGCUGUUUUGUCCUCAAUGUUUUUUUUUUUAGUUUUAAUUCUGUAUUUUUCAUGUUCUACAUACUUAUUGAUAAUGGUUAAACACUCAAUUUUGCAGAACAUAUCAUAUUGGUAAUUUCAAAAAUAAUAUACAGGGGGUGGCCAAAAUGUUUGGGAUAGACAACUUUUUUUCACAAAAAAGUUCAACAUGCUGUAACUUUUCACAGAGCUCAUCAAAAAUUGUAAAGUUUUGACUGUUUAUCAACCUAUAAUAUGUGCAUCAUUGGUACAAAUUUGAGCUCGAUUGGUUAAUAUUUCGCAAAGCUAGAACCGUUUUCGUAGAACACUAUUUUUCAGACAGCUUAUUUUUGAAGUGUCGUAUCUGAGAAACCAGUAAACCGAAUUGAAUGACAUUUUGAACGUUUAUCGACAAUAUGAUAAUGCUUCAACCGUUACUUAAACAUUGGUACUUUUAAAACGUUGAAAAAAGUUAUCAUGGAUUGACAAAUUUGGAUCUGUUACGAAAAAAUGUAUUUUUUUUACAUUAAUGUCAAUAAAUUUUAGUUUUGAUAUCCAAAGAUUUUCUACAACUGUUCUCAAGAUAUCUCUAAUCAGAUAUAUUAGGGCCUAUUUGGAUUGAAGGAAGAGCACAUUUAGUAAUUUGUGGUUUUAUAAAUUUGACUUAUUUUCCUCUAUAUGGGUGAAAACGUCAAACCGGUAUAACUUUAUUCGUCGUGAGAAAAUAUUACAUUUCAUAAUGUCGUAUCGAGUAUCAGUAUAUUGUUGAUAAACGCUCAAAACUUCAUUCGAUUCGAUUCACUGGUUUCGGAAAUAUGACAGUUCAAAAAUUGGUUAUCUAAAAAUAAUGCUUUACAAGAACGGUUCUUGCUUCGCGAAAGAUUAACCAAUCGAGCCCAAAUUUGUACCAAUGAUGACAAACAGUCAAAAUUUUACUAUUUUUGAUGCACUCUAUGAAAGAAAAGUAACAGCAUGUUAAACUUUUUUGUAAGGGAAAAAAAAAGUUGCCGAUCCCACACAUUUUGGCCACCCCCUGUAGUUGUAGCGGUCUUUAUAUUUGUUUGGGCUAUAUUUCAAGCAUCAAUCUACACAAUAUAGGCAAUACUCUAUACGCAUGCGAAAAAACGUAAAAUAACGCAGUUACAAACUUGGUGUCUUAGACAAAGUUAUUCAAAACAUCAUUUCCUACAACUUCUGUGCCCUUCAAUUAAUAACUGUGGAAAUGCUCUAAGAACACUUAGUUGAAUAGAGGCAGGUCAAGUUCCAAUGUGAACGUCGAGCCAUAAAGAAGUAGUAAAAGAAGAAGGAUAUCGAAAAAUCUCGAUUUUUUUCGAAAUCCCAAAAAUGUAAAUCAAUACUUUUCCCGUUUCCCCUCUUCCAGAUGGGGGAAUCAAAACUUAGGAUUUAUUAGGUUUUAGUCGGAAGCUAUCAUUAAAAGCUAAAAUUUAGAACAAAAGUUGAUUGUUUUUUUGGACCAUGUAUUUAAAUAAAAGACAUUGAACUACUGAACAGAUGAAAUAUCAUCAAUCAUUUGUAUUAUUCGCAAAGAUAUCACAUCCCUGAUAGUACGCCUUUACAACAGUUUUUUGCCCUUCUGCAAUUCUGCUAUUAUCAACGUAUCCCUUGUGUGUUAGUGUUGGUGUAUUGUAGGUGCCAACUCUUUCUAAUCCACUCUGAUUGCUAACUACCUAUUGAACUAUUACCAUUAAA